AUUUUUCUUUUCGUUGGUUCUUGGUUUGGAUUUGCCGUUAUUUGGUACUUGGUCGCUUAUUUCCAUGGCGAUCUGGAUAAGAAAUAUUUUGAAAAUGACGAACAAGACUUCAAGCCUUGUAUCAAAGGACUCGAAGAUUUUGUUAGUGCUUUAUUUUUUUCUAUUGAUCUUCAAUCUACAAUGGGUUACGGAAAUGUUGAAAUACAAGAUGAGUGUCCAAUGGCGGUUGCAUUAUUUGUUAUUCAAGCUUUCAUCGGAAUCGUGGUACAAUCCUUAGCAGGUUCUAUAAUUUUUGCAAGAUAUAACAAUUCGAGGAAGAAAUCAAAAAAACCAACAUGGUCA